GUAAAUAAUUGAAUUAUGAAGAAAUUUAAAAUGGGAUGGAUGUUCUGUGCUAAAGCUUGUUACUCGCAAUACGGUUCUUGUAAAGAAAUUGUUUAAUACUUGACGGGUAGUAAAUUUGUACCCAUUACUUGUACUUGCUGGUGGUACAUGUCGAUUACAGUUUUUUUUUGACGUGCACUAUACACUACUUGACAAGUAACCGCAGCUAAUUUUUUUUUUAACCACUAUGGAGUGGUCCAACGAGAUGGUAUUAAGAUUUUUAGAUAUUUAUGAAAGUGAACCGAUGGUUUGGGACCCCUCGCACGUACACCACAAAAAUAGAAACGAAGUAAACGAUGCUUGGAGACGAAUCCAGGCUGAAUUUGGAGAGAACAUCUCCAUACCAGAGUUGAAGAAGAAGAAAGAAUCCUUAAUGUCAUCAUUCAGAAAUUGUUUAUACAAAGUAAAGCAAAGUAUCAAAAGUGGUGCAGUUGGUGAUGAAUUAUAUAAGCCGAGCUGGUUUGCAUACAACAAAAUAGCAGGUUUCUUCAAUCUUCGGGAUGCAGCCAGAUAUAAAAUGAAUGCAGAGAAUAUUGAUUCAGUUUUUAUUGGUGAAGACCCAGACAGUGAUGCAGAGGACAAAUCACACAAUGAUGAUUUUGUUAAUUUGCUUAGCAAUCCAGAACAAACAUCAACAGCACUUACACCCAGGUUGUCUUUGGAACCUUCGACCAAGAGGAAAAAGAUGUCAGAGGAUAUAAUGUUUGAUAAAAUGGAUAAACUGUAUGACAUGUUGAACAUUAAAAAACCUCCUCUAUCAAUGGAAAAAGAUGAGUGUGAUCUGUUUGGGGAAUUAACAGCAAAGAGGCUCCAAGAAAUGGAACAGAAUCAAAGGGAAUAUGUGAUGCACGAAAUUGAAAAUGUGAUGUACAAAUGUGAUGGCAAAUCUGCAACAAUGUCUGUGUUGGAAUACCUACAAAGUAAAAAUUAACUGAGAAAUAGUUAUAAAAACUUACUUUUUUCUUUCCAUUUGUUUCAUAGUUGGACAUAAAUUGUGUUAAAACAAAAAUGUUAAUAACAGCAUUCACUUGUCAAGUAUUUGAGGUACUUGUAAAAGUAAUCAUUUGAUAUAACAGACAAAAAAAAUUAUUUAAAGUUGAUAGAAUAAGUAAACAGAUGAUGAUUUUGAAAAUAAGUUUCUUUUAUAUUCCACUUUAUAAAUCACAAGAAGUACUAAUUACAUCGAUGUACAAUUAAAAUUACUUAACAACACGUCAGGUGCGCAUAUAAGUUUGUAUAU